GAGUGAGUGUUCAAACAGCCGGAAGUGUAAUUUGGCAGACAACCGCUUUAAAGCGAUGUCGGCAUUUCAAAGUCAUAUUUCAAAUCCACCGAGCCAUUCUCUAAUGUUUUAAAAGGGCUUUCAUUAACACCACCACCAUCACCAAGACUACAAGUUGCAUUGUCGCUGCAACAACUUAAUUGGAGUAUUCUUUACUCCGGCAACCAGCCAAACGGCCUGUGUGUCUGUCCGCCAUCCAGCCAGGCAGCUUGCCUGCUUGCCUGCCUGGUUAUGCUGUGCGUGCCUGCCAACCAAUGUUGCAUUGAAAACCACUUCUAAUGCAUUUUAUGUCAAUUUGAGUUAAUGUUUACAUGCUGUUGUUUUAACAUUCAACAUUUUUCCCCACCCGCUUUCCUGGAGCGCCUACAUGGCCCUGCCACACCACACAUAAAUCUACGGAACAUAGAAACUUUCAAGAGAACUCUUUAUUUUAUGGUAUUUGGAGGAGAAAAAAAGUUAAAGGCAAAAAGGCUGUAUUAAAACCGCACCAUGUUGCCGUACACACACACAUGCAUAAAUACAUAUAUGUGGACAACAGUAGCAGCAACAAAAACUAAAAGGAAGCUACAUUAGCAGACACGUUUAGACAAUGUUGAAACAACAGCACUAGGAGCAAUGUUUUUGCCUGAUUUUUGCAAGGAAAUAACACUAACAACAACAGCAACACCAGUUACUUGUCGAUCAGGACAGCACUCACUCCUGAUGCUGAUGAUGAUAAUAAUGAGGAGCAUGAUGUCGACGAUGAUGCUCCUAUUGCACAGCUAGCUCAUGGUGGUGAUGAGGAAGGACAAUGUUAUUAUGGCAAACAUGCACAUGUUGCCAUUUUGUCUUGUUUGUGCAACGUAAUAAAACAACAGCAACAACAACAACAACGGCAAUGACAUCAACGAUUUGGCAUAAGCAAUCAAGCUGCAACAACACCGAACUUUAAAGGCCCAAAGGCUUUAAGUUUUCUGUACUUGCAUUUUUUGCCUUUGGAACCAUAACAUAAUCUACAAACCAAAAAGAAAUAAGAAAACCAACUAGUCAUACCAACGAGAACCAAAAAAUCAAAAAGAAAAAAAGAAAACUAAAAAUUGAACAUCUAAAAGAACAAAUAACCCGGGUAAAACCAAUUUGAAUCCAACCCACCAAAUAAUAGCCCACUUCAAUUUUUAUUCUUGUUAUUUCAACACCAAGGGGAACAAGAAUUUUUUCCACCUCCUUCUUUUUUUUGUGCUCCGUAUUGCAUUUUUGCUUUAACAAAAAAGUAUAUUCCAGCCAACGAAGAAGAAACACAAAAACUACAACAAGAAAUUUUUUAUUUCUCUCCGGCUGCUCUGCGUUUGCAUUUCUAUAACAAAUACGAUCGUCAAAAAUUUGUGCUGCUACUGCUCUAAAACCCCAAAACGCCAAAAGAAAACCAUAACAUAACAACGACAAAAAGAAAAUAGAAAAUAAAAAAGUAGAGAAAAUUGUUGCAAUAUUAUUUUUACUUUCUGACAAGUGAAACGUCAUAAUAAUCGUUUUAUUUUUUUGUUACAACAAGCCUUGCCACUGCUAAGGCUCCUGCACAUUUCUUCUACAGCAGUUACGAAUAUCAACAGCCGUUUGCUGCAACACCAACAACAACAUAAUGUCAUCGUGGUGCCCUUCAGGAUUAAUCGCUUAUUCAGCCAUCGUUUUACUUUGUACUUCCGGAAUCAAAGCCAGUUGGGAGGAAUGGUGGACAUAUGAUGGUAUAUCCGGACCAAGUUUUUGGGGCCUUAUAAAUCCACAAUGGAAUAUGUGCAACAAAGGUAGACGACAGUCGCCCAUCGAUAUUGUGCCAGAUAAAUUGCUGUUCGAUCCAUUUCUGAGGCCAUUGCAUAUAGACAAACACAAGGUUUCUGGAACAUUGCACAAUACCGGACAAUCGCUGGUAUUUCGUGUUGACAAAGAUACCAAACAACACGUCAAUAUAUCCGGUGGUCCACUGGCAUAUAAAUAUCAAUUCGAAGAAAUUUAUAUACACUACGGUACCCAGGACACACGUGGCUCGGAGCACUAUGUACAAGGCUAUAGUUUUCCCGGAGAGAUACAAAUUUAUGGCUUCAACAAGGAAUUGUAUCAUAAUAUGUCCGAAGCACAGCACAAAUCCCAAGGCAUUGUUGGACUUUCACUAAUGGUGCAAAUUGGUGAAACGCCAAAUCCUGAAUUGCGCAUCAUAACGAGCACGUUCAACAAAGUGGUUUUUCGGGGUUUUUCAACGCCCAUUCGACAUUUGUCUGUACGUGCUCUACUGCCAAAUACCGAUCAUUAUAUAACAUACGAAGGAUCCACCACACAUCCCGGCUGUUGGGAGAGUACUGUCUGGAUAAUAGUAAAUAAGCCAAUUUAUAUAACAAAACAAGAGUUAUACCAGCUGAGGCGACUUAUGCAGGGCUCAGAAACAACACCGAAAGCUCCUUUAGGCAAUAAUGCACGACCCGUGCAAAAUUUACACCAUAGAACAGUAAGGACUAAUAUAGACUUUAAGAGGAAUAAGAAUCAAAAUGCCUGUCCCACAAUGUAUAAGGAUAUGUAUUAUAGAGCGAAUCGAUGGUCACCUGAUACAGGUCUGCUGGUUCGUUGACCCAUUCU